AUCUAGAUCUUUCUUUUUUCCUCUACCUCUGUGCACUUGUGUUCUUGCAUAGUCCUCUCUCUCUUCCUUCUCGCGCCACACAAAAGAAACAAAAAGUAAUUUCUUUUACAGCUUAACAUUUUUUGUACAUGUCUUAAAAGGAUCUCGAGAUUGGCGCAUGAGAUAAAGACCCCUACUUUGCUUCCUCCUCUUAUCUAUCUUCUUCUCCUUCCUCUCGCCAUUGCUCUCUGGCGUUUUCUCUCUUCCACCAAACAAAAUAUAACCGAAAGGAAUCACACAAAAAAAGAAAGAAUAAUAAACAAACCAAAAGGAACUCUUCUUUUUUUCCUAUCUCAAACUCUUUUUUUCCCACCAUGAACGCUAGUGGAGGCUCUCUCUCUACCCAGAGAGCCUACCCUUGAAAAGAACCUAUCAACUACACUAAACCAAAAAAAACCUAGGAGUCCUCGAAAGUCUCAUUCUUUAACUUGAAUCUCCAUCUGGGUCUUCGUUAACUUCCUUAAAAAAUUCGACUUUUGUUUUCACUGAUUGAGCUAUGAUGGUCCACACGAUGCACAGAGAGUCGCCGGAUAAAGGGUUGGAUUCCGGCAAGUAUGUGAGGUACACGCCGGAGCAAGUGGAAGCUCUUGAGAGAGUUUACACUGAGUGCCCUAAGCCUAGCUCUCUCAGAAGACAUCAACUCAUUAGAGAGUCUCCCAUUCUCUCCAACAUCGAGCCCAAACAGAUCAAAGUUUGGUUUCAGAACCGAAGAUGUAGAGAGAAGCAGAGGAAAGAAGCUGCUCGUCUCCAAACUGUCAACAGAAAGCUUAACGCCAUGAACAAACUCUUGAUGGAAGAGAAUGAUCGUCUACAGAAGCAAGUUUCCCACUUGGUCUAUGAGAAUGGCCACAUGAAACACCAACUCCACACUGCUUCUGGGACGACCACAGACAACAGCUGUGAGUCUGUGGUCGUAAGUGGUCAGCAACAUCAACAACAAAACUCUAAUCAUCCUCAGCAUCUGCAACGUGAUGCUAACAACCCAGCUGGUCUCCUUUCUAUAGCAGAGGAGGCCCUCGCAGAGUUCCUUUCCAAGGCUACAGGAACUGCUGUUGACUGGGUUCAGAUGAUUGGUAUGAAGCCUGGUCCGGAUUCUAUUGGCAUAGUCUCUAUUUCGCGCAACUGCAGCGGAAUUGCAGCACGUGCCUGCGGCCUCGUGAGUUUAGAACCCAUGAAGGUUGCUGAAAUCCUCAAAGAUCGUCAAUCUUGGCUCCGUGAUUGUCGAUGUGUGGAUACUCUGAGUGUGAUUCCUGCUGGAAACGGUGGUACUAUCGAGCUUAUAUACACACAGAUGUAUGCUCCAACAACUUUAGCAGCAGCUCGUGACUUUUGGACGCUGAGAUACAGCACAUGUUUAGAAGAUGGUAGCUAUGUGGUUUGUGAGAGGUCGCUUACUUCUACAACUGGUGGCCCCAACGGGCCACCUUCUUCAAGCUUUGUGAGAGCUGAAAUGCGACCAAGCGGGUUUCUCAUCCGUCCUUGCGAUGGUGGUGGUUCCAUUGUCCACAUUGUUGACCAUGUUGAUUUGGAUGCUUGGAGUGUCCCUGAAGUUAUGAGGCCUCUUUAUGAAUCUUCAAAGAUUCUUGCUCAGAAAAUGACCGUUGCUGCUCUGAGACAUGCAAGGCAAAUUGCACAAGAGACAAGUGGAGAAGUUCAGUACGGUGGAGGGCGUCAACCUGCGGUCUUAAGAACCUUCAGUCAAAAACUCUGUCGGGGAUUCAAUGAUGCUGUUAAUGGUUUUGUGGAUGAUGGAUGGUCACCAUUGGGUAGUAAUGACGGUGCAGAGGAUAUUAGUGUUAUGAUAAACUUGUCUCCUGGGAAGUUUGGUGGGCCGUCUCACUACGGUAGCUCAUUCCUCCCAAGCUUUGGAAGUGGUGUUCUUUGUGCUAAGGCAUCUAUGCUAUUGGAGAACGUCCCACCAGCUGUGCUGGUUAGAUUCCUUAGAGAACACCGCUCUGAAUGGGCUGAUUAUGGUGUGGAUGCUUAUGCUGCUGCAUCCCUCAGAGCAAGUCCUUUUGCUGUUCCUUGCGCUAGAGCUGGUGGCUUUCCGAGUAACCAAGUCAUUCUCCCACUUGCGCAGACAGUUGAACAUGAAGAGUUUCUUGAGGUGGUUAGACUUGAAGGUCAUGCUUACUCACCUGAAGACAUGGGUUUAGCUCGUGAUAUUUACUUGCUUCAGCUUUGUAGCGGUGUUGAUGAAAAUGUGGUUGGAGGUUGUGCACAGCUUGUCUUUGCUCCUAUUGAUGAAUCAUUUGCUGAUGAUGCACCUUUGCUUCCUUCUGGUUUCCGAGUCAUACCUCUUGAACAUAAAUCAACCCCGAACGGUGCAUCUGGGAACCGUACGUUGGAUUUAGCAUCGGCUUUAGAAGGAUCAACACGUCAAGGAAGUGAAGCUGGCCCAAAUGGUUGUAACUUUAGGUCGGUAGUGACCAUAGCAUUCCAGUUCACAUUUGAUAACCACACAAGAGACAGUGUUGCUUCAAUGGCACGUCAGUACGUGAGAAGCAUAGUGGGAUCUAUACAGAGGGUUGCUCUAGCCAUUGCUCCUCGUCCUGGUUCUAGUAUCAGUCCAAUGUCUGCUCCCACUUCCCCUGAAGCUCUCACUCUGGUCCGUUGGAUCUCCCGGAGUUACAGAGUUCACACUGGUGCAGAUCUCUUUGGCUCUGAUUCUCAAACCAGUGAUGACACAUUGCUGCGUCAACUCUGGAGCCACACUGAUGCAAUCUUGUGCUGCUCGCUCAAAACAAACGCUUCACCGGUUUUCACAUUUGCAAACCAAACCGGUUUAGACAUGCUGGAAACUACUCUUGUAGCACUUCAAGACAUAAUGCUAGACAAGACACUAGACGAGUCUGGUCGUAAAGCUCUUUGCUCUGAGUUCCCCAAGAUCAUGCAACAGGGAUAUGCUCAUCUUCCUGCGGGUGUGUGUGAAUCAAGCAUGGGGAGAUUGGUAUCUUACGAGCAGGCAACAGUGUGGAAAGUUCUUGAAGACGAUGAGUCAAACCAUUGCUUAGCAUUCAUGUUCGUGAAUUGGUCGUUCGUUUGAAGAAAAGAGUAAGGAAGACCAGGUUGCUUUCUUCCCCCAUGGAAGGUUAUUUAUGUAAGAUAUUAGACUUAGGGUGCUAUUAUGCUAAACAGUGUUUUGAAAUUCAUGGACUAAUAUGUAUUAUGACUUAUGUAUGAUCCCUUAAUGGAUUGUUUCUUUGUUCGUAUGUUAUGGCAGGAUAUUGUUAUGAUGAUGUUAUUUUGUCUUUUUUGUUGUGCUA